AUGGGGAAGUCCCUGAUUGAUAUUUCUGAGGAGCUACAAAUCGAGAUCUUCCUGAAGCUUCCGGUAAAAUCUUUAUUGUUAUGUAAGUGUGUCUGUAAGCACUUUCGUUGUGUCAUUCAAAACCCUAAUUUUGUGCGCACUCAUCUCGCUUCAAUUAAUCGUUCUGAUUCUCAAUCCCUAGUCUUGUUACACUCUGGCUGGCACUCAUUCUAUCAAUUGAGACAUUAUUUGUUAUCAGUGGAUGUUAAUAACACAAAACAAGUGCUUUCUUGUUUACCCCUUAAUCCCCCCAUUCCGAUUAUCGACACAAGUUUCCGCUAUUCUGUUAUUGGUUCGUGCAACGGUCUGAUUUGUGUUGCUAUUUGGUAUCAGUAUGAUCAUACUUUUGACGAUGCUAAUGCCAAAACUCCUGAUUUUUCGAUACAAUUAUGGAAUCCGGUUAUUAGACAAUGUAGAUUUCUCCCUAAACAUCAAUCUACUUGUAAGCCUGAUGUUCUUGAAUUUGGUUAUGUCCCCGAAAUUAAUGAUUAUGUGAUUGUAAAAGUUGGAUCUCCGGGAUUUGAUAUUGAGGUCUACAAGAUGAGCGCCGAUUCUUGGACAACUAUUCAUUGCAAUUAUUUUGCUGGUGUUGAUUCCAUUCCUACUGUCUAUCGAGUUCAGACUCCUGUCUUCUUGAAUGGAUCUUUUCAUUGGGCCACCAAAAGGAGCAAACAACACAGAACAAAUGAGACCGACUAUAUUGUGUACUAUAAAGUUAAAGAUGAGAAGGUAGGAAUUAUGAAUGUCUUUGAUAAUUAUAGUGCUAUUUUUGAUAUAGUGGUGGAUGAUGAUGAGAGAUCUUUUGAUGAGUGGAAACUUUCGGUGAUAGAUGAAAGAUUAGCCAUGAUACAUUGGUGCGGGGAACGAGGGAACUUAUUCGAAGUAUGGGUGAUGAAUGAUUAUGGUAUUGAUAAUUCCUGGACGCGACUCUUUCAAAUUGCUGAUACUUUGUGUAGUUAUGUAAAUCCCAUGGGUUACUGGACUAAUGGAUUGAUGUUGCUUGACCGGACAUUAUGUUGGAAGAGGGGCUUUGAUAACUUGCAGGUGUUUUUCUUUUAUGAUGUUGAAACUAGAUCCUUGAAGAAAAUUCCGCUGGACCAUUCAACGGGGUUUAUUAAUGGUUUUUCAAGUUUUGUAGAAACUCUGGUUCCCGUGAGAUAA